GCGGCGGAGCAACGAGCUCGACUCCUCCUCCUCCCCGAGUCAUCUCAUCUCCCCUAGAGGGUGGAUUCGUUUCCUCGAUCGCAAGUCGUUAAGAAAGAUUUGGUCUUUGCUGAUGGCGUCGCCGCUCAUGGCUUCGUGCUCAUCGAUCUUCGGCGCAAAGAGCGGAUCGAGCUUCGCCUCGUGUUUUUCGCCUUCGAUUAGAGCACAUAGCCUCCGAAAGCAUGCUUUGAACAAGGUCCUCGCAGUCAUGGCGCCCGCGCGAUCUCCCCGCUCUCCGUCGUCCACUGGAUCAGUGAAGCAUGCGAUGACAAUGACGGAGAAGAUUCUCGCACGAGCAUCAGAGAAGUCUCAUCCGGAGCCUGGAGAGAAUAUCUGGGUGAAUGUUGAUGUCUUGAUGACUCAUGAUGUCUGUGGCCCCGGGACUAUUGGGAUCUUUAAGAAAGAGUUUGGCAAGAAUGCAAAGGUUUGGGAUCGUGAGAAGAUUGUUAUAAUACCAGAUCACUACAUUUUUACUAGUGAUGAACGUGCAAACCGGAAUGUGGAUAUUUUGAGAGACUUUUGUUUGGAGCAGAACAUUAAGUAUUUUUAUGAUAUCAAGGAUCUUGGUGAUUUCAGGGCCAAUCCAGAUUACAAGGGUGUAUGCCACAUUGCGCUGGCACAAGAAGGCCAUUGCAGACCUGGAGAGGUUUUACUUGGCACAGACUCACACACAUGUACUGCUGGUGCUUUUGGGCAAUUUGCUACUGGAAUUGGCAACACUGAUGCAGGUUUUGUAAUGGGAACAGGGAAGAUUUUAUUGAAGGUUCCUCCUACCCUAAGGUUUAUACUAGAUGGAGAAAUGCCGAACUAUUUGCUUGCCAAAGAUUUAAUUUUGCAAAUUAUUGGUGAAAUAACUGUUGCUGGUGCAACAUAUAAAUCCAUGGAAUUCGUUGGCUCUACUAUUGAAGGACUAAAUAUGGAGGAGAGGAUGACCUUAUGCAACAUGGUUGUUGAAGCUGGGGGAAAAAAUGGGGUUGUUCCUGCUGAUGAAACUACAUUCAAGUACCUUGAGGAUAAAAAUUCCAAGAAUUUUGAGCCAGUGUAUAGUGAUGAUAAUGCCAGAUUUAUUCAAGAAUAUAGAAUUGAUGUGUCCAAGUUGGAACCACUGGUUGCAAAGCCACAUUCUCCUGAUAAUCGUGCUCUAGCAAGAGAGUGCAAGGAUGUCAAAAUUGACAGGGUCUACAUAGGCUCUUGUACUGGCGGAAAGACGGAGGAUUUUUUUGCUUCUGCAAAGGUGUUCCUAGCUUCGGGGAAAAAGGUUAAAGUUCCCACUUUUCUUGUUCCUGCCACACAAAAGGUAUGGAUGGAUAUAUAUAGCCUCCCGGUACCAGGAUCAGGUGGGAAGACCUGUUCUCAGAUAUUCGAGGAGGCUGGUUGUGAUGUUCCAGCUAGCCCUAGUUGUGGGGCUUGCUUGGGCGGCCCUCGCGACACUUAUGCGCGGAUGAACGAGCCACAGGUGUGUGUUUCCACCACAAACAGGAACUUUCCUGGCAGAAUGGGUCACAGAGAAGGCCAAAUAUAUUUGGCUUCACCAUAUACUGCAGCUGCUUCAGCUUUGACAGGAUAUGUUGCUGAUCCCAGGGACUUUCUCCUGUAAAAGGAAUGAUAUCGUUUGUUUGUUUGUUUCCAUCAUCAUAGAGUCUGUUUGAUGAUAUAUCAUGUGGUGUCUCAUCCAGUAUGUAACAUUAGAGAAACAAGUAUUUUGAACAGAGCAAUCAUGGAAGUCAUGACAGUCACCUCUACAUUUAUGUGAAGUCAAUGAUUUUGCUAUUUAUGCCUCCAAAUUUAUGUUUCAUUUUCUUA